AUGCAGCUGGUACAACUGUCUGUCCUCUUCCUCGUGCAGACUCACUUCUGCUGGGGUCAGUACACAAUAGUCACUCCGCCUCAGGUCGUCAUGGCGCCCGUGGGCAGUGAUGUCACCCUGCCCUGUCAGGUGGAGCCUGCUGCAGACCUCAGGGAGCAGGUGGUGGAGUGGGCAAGACUGGACCUGACUCCACCAUACGUCCACAUCAGACGUGACGCUCUGGACUUCCACAUUUACCAGAACCCACUGUAUCUGGCCCGCACGGCUCUGUCCGAGAGCCGGCUGCAGAAGGGAGACCUCUCAUUGAGCCUGUCCCGAGUGAAGCUCAGUGAUGAGGGGACGUACCGCUGUUUCUUGCCCCAAACCGACACUGAGGCUCAGGUCACUCUGCUGGUCGUGGCCCCUCCCUCGAUCAGUGUGGAGAAGGAUCCCUCAGGGUCAGUGGUGCUGAGGUGUGAGUCCGUGGGCUGGUCCCCGGAGCCAGAGCUGCAGUGGCUGGACUCAGAGGGGACGGUGGUUCUGAGGGCGGAGGCUCAGAGAGGGAGUGAUGAUCUGUUCUCUGUGAGCAGCAGGCUGACAGUGCAGCAGAUUCAGGGGAACACAUUCACCUGCAGAGUACAGCAUCAGCCGAGCGGAGCGAGCAGAGAGGCCCGGCUCCACAUCAGCGAUGAAUUCUUGAAGAUGGAGUCUUGUUCCUCUUGCUCUCUGGCCUGGACCCUCUUCGCUCUGUGUCUCUCUGCUGCUGCUGCUGCUGCUGCUUUGGUCGUGUGGAAGUUUAAAGCCAACAAACAGAAAUCUGAAAAUAAGGACUUUGAACUUGGAGAAAUAGAAGAAAAAGAGAGUAUGAUGAAGACACCGACAGAGAACUCACAUAAAUGUUCUCCUGAAGUCCUGCAGUCGUCUGAACUGACUGAGUCUUUACCAGAACUGAGGGAAAAAGAGAAGAUUGAGGAUGAGCUGAAGUAUCUGGAGGAAGUUAUCCACAAACUGACUGAGACAAAGACAUUCUUAAUGAAGCUCAAGGAACAACCACAGAAAGGUCAGUACACAAUGGUCACUCAGUCUCAGGUCGUCAUGGCGCCCAUGGGCAGUGACAUCACCCUACCCUGUCAGGUGGAGCCUGCUGCAGACCUCAGGGAGCAGGUGGUGGAGUGGGCGAGACUGGACCUGACUCCACCAUACGUCCACAUUAGACGUGACGGUCUGGACCUCCUCAUGAACCAAAACCCACUGUAUCUGGCCCGCACGGCUCUGUCCGAGAACCGGCUGCAGAAGGGAGACCUCUCCCUGAGCCUGUCCCGAGUGAAGCUCAGUGAUGAGUGGACGUACCGCUGUUUCUUGCCCCGGACCAACACUGAGGCUCAGGUCACUCUGCGGGUCGAACAGAAAUCUGAAAUGAAAGACUUUGAACUUGGAGAAAGAGAAGAAAAAGAGGGCAUGCUGAGAAGAGGAGAGACGAUUGAGGAUGAGCUGAAGUAUCUGGAGGAAGUUAUCCACAAACUGAUGAUGAGCGAAAUAGUGCAGGUGAAGACGGCGAUGAGCUCCGAGGCGACCAUGUUGUAA